CCACCCCAUCCUCAGCUCACCAAACAUGGCCGCUCAUCACCAGCGUCUCAUCAUCUGCAUUGCCCUCUGCAUUGCCCUCGCCCACGCGCAGCUCCCCCUCGGCCACCACCAGCAACAGCACCGCCUCCGCUCCCAGACCUCCUGCCGCAUCGAGCAGCUCCGCGCCCGGCGACCCACCUUCAGCUUCCAGUCGGAGGCGGGCCUCACCGAGUACUGGGACGCCAACGCCGCCGAGUUCCAGUGCGCCGGCGCCGAGUUCGCCCGCCACCUCAUUCACCCCAAAGCCCUCCUCCUGCCUUACUACACCAACGCCCCUCACCUCCUCUACGUCGUCAAAGGGAGCAGUGGAAUUCUGGGGACUGCCUUCCCGGGCUGCGCCGAGACCUACGAAUUCGAGCCUGACCAGGACCAGCAGCGCUCCAAAGAGGGCAGCAAGAGCUUCCAUGACCGCCACCAGAAGCUCCGCCGCUUCCGCCGUGGAGACGUCCUCGCAUUGCAGCAGGGCAUCGCUCACUGGAUUUACAACGACGGCGACACCCCCCUCGUCAUCGUAUCCCUCCUCGAUGUCGCCAAUGAAAACAAUCAGCUCGAUUUCAAAUUCAGAAAAUUCUUCCUUGCCGGAAAUCCGCAAGCAGUCCAAACCCAAGGCCUACGCCGCCGGGAAGCCAGGGAGAGCAGAAAAGGCGGGGAAGAGGAGGAGGAGAAGCGCAAUAUCUUCACCGGAUUCGACGAGGAGCUCUUGGCUGAGAUCUUCAAUCUCGAGCCAGAGGUAAUUAGGAAAUUACAGGGCAACGACGAUAACCGAGGCACCAUUGUUAAAGCCGAAAACCUCCGGCUGGUCUUCCCGGAGUGGGGGGAAGAAGAGCAGGAGCGCCGCCGGGACACCAACGGAUUGGAGGAGACAUUCUGCGCCGCCAAGCUCCGGCAGAACAUCGACCACCCCUCCGUCGCCGACGUCUACAACCCCCGCGGCGGCCGCAUCAGGUCCCUCAAUAGCCACGAUCUCCCCAUCCUCAGCUCCCUCCGCCUCAGCGCCGAGCGCGGAAUUCUCUACAAGAAUGCUCUGGUUUCCCCACACUACACCACCAACGCCCACAGCGUGAUCUACGCGACGCGCGGCGGCGCGAGGAUUCAGGUGGUCGGGAACGAAGGCAAUCCGGUGUUCGACGGCGAGGUCUCCGAAGGCGAACUGCUGAUUGUGCCGCAGAAUUUCGUGGUGAUAAAGAAAGCAGGCGAGGAGGGAUUCGAGUACAUAGCCUUUAAGACGAACGACAACGCGAUGAAGAGCCACCUGGCGGGGCGGCUGUCGGCCAUUAGAGCCAUGCCGGAGGAUGUGCUGGUGAACUCGUACGGAAUAUCGAAGGAGCAGGCGAAGGAGCUUAAAUACAACAGAGAAGAAGCGGCGGUGUUCAGCCCGGGAUCCGUCUCUGGAAGACAUGCUUGAAUGAGUAGUCCGUUGAGUUAGGGUUUUGUAAUUUAAGGGCGCGUUUGGAAGAAUAAUAAUAAUAAUAAUAAUAAUAAGAUCUCGUUGAGGAUGGUCUUGUAGAGAUUAAUAAUAUAUAAUAAAUGAUAAAAUCUCGUUAGUA